AUUGUUGGCUGCUCACAUUCACUAGCUCUCUUUUAUUGAUUUCAACAAGUUUUUUAGUUUAGUUUUUCUGAUUUCCAUUACUCACGAGCAACAUAUAGAUUGUUGGUUGUCCAUCACUCACUCCCUCUCUUUUAUUGAUUUCGAUAUUUUUUUUUCAAUGUAGUUUAUUCAUUACUCACUAGUCACAAACAACAUAAGAUUGUUGGUUGGCCAUCACUCACUAAAUCUCUUUUCUUGAUUUCAAACGGCACGUUUUUUUAGUUUAGUUUUUCCGGAACCAUGGGAAACACGGUAGAACCAAUUUUGGCAUGCAAAUUUUGACAACCACAAAAACUAAAAGAAAAUAUCAUGGAUAAGACCUCACAACCACCAAUUCAAUUAAUUUUGUGUUAUAAAAAGGCAACCCAAAUGGCAAAGAGAGGGAGACAUAGUGAAAGAGAAAAUGGAGCUUACAAUAGGAUGCAGUCUCUUUCUUCUCUUCCCAUUUCUCUUCCCCCUUCUACUAUUGUUCCAUUCACUUGCUAGAAAAAUCAACCCAAAGCGACUUCCUCCAGGGCCCAAAGGUUACUUUCUCAUAGGAAAUAUGAUGGAGAUUGGUCAUAACCCUCACCAAUCUCUAGCCAAACUUGCCGACUCCUAUGGCCCCAUCAUGACCCUAAAACUAGGCCAAAUGACCUCAAUAGUGAUAUCCUCCCCAUCCAUGGCCAAGCAAGUCCUCCAAUCUCAUGACCAAGUAUUGAGCGACCGAAUGUAUCCCAAUGCAACAACAAUUUAUGACCACCAUGAGGUAGCACUACCCUGGCUUCCCGUGUGCGACCUGUGGAGAACCCUUCGAAAACUAUGCAACAAUCACAUGUUUUCCCAGAACAUCCUCCACAUGAACUAUACAGUUCGUCUUAAGAGAAUCCAACGUCUUUUAGUUGAUGUUCAAGAAAGCGCUACAAAAGGUGAGGCUGUAGACAUUGAAAGAGUUGUGUUUGUGACCACUCUCGACAUGCUUUCCAAGAUGAUUUUUUCGGUGGAUUUGAGUGAUGAAUACUCGAAUAUUUGUGAAAAGGGGCAAGAAUUUAAGGAGGCUGUUUGGAGUAUAAUGGAGGAGGCUGGAAGAUCAAAUGUUGGAGAUCUUUUCCCCAUGUUGAGGAAGAUGGACCUCCAAGGAUGCCGAAAGCGUAUGAUGGUUCACAUGAACAAGUUCUUAGAUAUCAUUGAUGACAUGAUUGACAGGCGGAUGAAGGAGCCAAAUUUAGGGGAAGAAAAUGACAUGCUUCAUAACCUUCUCAAGCUUGCAAAAGAGAGUGAAGAUGCCAAGUUCCACCUACAUUUGAUCAAACAUUUGAUAUUGGUCCUAUUUCCAGCGGGGACCGACACGACGACAUCAACCGUAGAAUGGGCAAUGGCCGAGCUAUUAAGAAACCCAAAAGUACUAUCAAAAGCCAAAGCAGAGCUGAAAGAAGUGAUCGGAGAAGGCACGGCAGUCGACGAAUCCGACUGGGUAAGGCUACCAUUUCUUCAACAAAUCAUAAAAGAAACUCUCCGGCUUCACCCGCCGGCCCCUCUUCUAUUGCCACACAAAGCAAGAGAAGACGCCGAGAUCGGAGGGUUCGUGGUUCCCAAAAAUGCUCGAGUUAUUGUGAAUGCUUGGAAGAUCGGGAGGGACAAAGGCGUUUGGGAGGACGCUGAUUCGUUUAAGCCAGAGAGGUUCUUGGGGUCGGACGUUGAUUAUAAAGGGAGGCACUUUGAGCUGAUUCCAUUUGGGUCUGGACGGAGAAUCUGCCCUGGCUUGUCUUUGGCUACCAAAAUGGUUCAUUGGAUUCUUGCUUCUUUGAUUCACUCGUUUCAUUGGAGGCUUGAAGAUGGGAUCCAGCCUGAAUCUAUGAAUAUGGAGGAGAAGACUGGUUUGACUUUGGUUAUGGCUCGUCCACUUAGAGCUAUCCCUUUCAAUCAAAGUUCAUAAUAUUAAUGUCUAUUUAAAUAACCAAAUUGGACAUGUGCUCGGUAAUGGUAACUACUCUCUCGUAUAAAUACUAUUUGUUUCGGAAAAUUCUAAUCAAAUUUAAACUUUCCAUCACAAUAAGAUUAGAAACGUCGUAUGUUGAUUCUCGUCCUUA